UCAGGCCUUGGAGGAGUUGUGGCUGUAACACUGUACUGGAUGAGUUUUCCUGAAGCUGCCAGUUCUUUUAGAACUCAUCAAAUUGAGGCUGCUCUAACCCUGCAUUUAACUGUAAAUGUCCUUAUAGUAAAUUGCAAUUUUGUCUUUAAGCAGGUUGAAAAGAAGCUUGAAGAGGAAGUGGAAUCAUUUGUGAAGAAAAUCAGUGGUAUUUUUGCCUUCAAGUUGAAGGAUGGUCCUGGGAAAAGGGUGAAGAACAGCAAAGUAUCAGAGCUUCCUAACUCAGAUAAGAAGGCUGACCGCACAAUCACCAUAGCUGACUCUGACUUACUGGCUUUAAUGACUGGUAAAAUGAAUCCUCAGUCGGCCUUCCUUCAAAAACUGAAAAUCACUGGCAAUAUGGGUCCGGCUAUGAAGUUGCAAAGUCUUCAGCUUCAGCCAGGCCAAGUGAAGCUGUGA